UUUUCUUCCUCCAUCUAUAAACCCCUUCUUCCUCCCAUCGCCGUACGGUCUCUGCAAAAUCCUUUUUUAUCUUUCCCUUCUUUCUCGCCCAAAAUAUUGGGCCUGUUCUGCUCUCUUUCAGUUUGGGCUUUUUCAAUAUUAUGGUUGACUGAUUGAUUGAAAUGGAUGGAGUUACCAGUGGCAACGCGGGCAACAGUGGUGGCGAUUCCUCCACCAGUGGAGGCGGCGGAGGUGUGGCGGCGCAGCCCAUGGCGAUGCAGGGAGCGAACGCUCCGCCACCAUUUCUGAGUAAGACCUAUGAUAUGGUCGACGAUCCCGCGACGGAUGGGAUCGUAUCGUGGAGUUCCACCAACAACAGCUUCGUCGUCUGGAAACCACCGGAGUUCGCGCGGGAUCUCCUCCCUAAGCACUUCAAGCACAAUAACUUCUCUAGCUUCGUCCGCCAGCUCAAUACCUAUGGUUUCAGGAAGGUCGAUCCUGAUCGCUGGGAAUUUGCCAAUGAGGGGUUUUUAAGGGGUCAGAAACACCUUCUUAGGAGUAUUACUAGGCGCAAACCAGCCCAUGGACAUGUUCACCAGCAGCCGCAGCAAACACAUGGACAGAAUUCAUCUGUGGGUGCCUGUGUUGAGGUUGGAAAGUUUGGUCUAGAGGAAGAAGUUGAGAGGUUGAAGAGGGACAAGAAUGUCCUUAUGCAGGAACUGGUUAGGUUGAGACAGCAGCAGCAGGCAACUGACAACCAACUGCAAACCAUGGCACAGCGUCUUCAGGGUAUGGAGCAGCGACAGCAACAGAUGAUGUCAUUCCUUGCAAAGGCUGUCCAAAGCCCUGGUUUCUUGGCUCAAUUUGUACAGCAGCAAAAUGAGAGCAAUAGGCGUAUUACCGAGGCCAACAAGAAACGGAGGCUGAAGCAGGAAGGUAUUAUUGAGAAUGAGCAUGCCUCUGCUCCUGAUGGACAAAUUGUGAAAUAUCAACCCCUGAUGAAUGAGGCAGCGAAAGCAAUGAUUAGGCAGAUUAUGAAAAUGGAUUCUUCUUCUCGGUUGGAACCCUUUAACAGCAAUCAUGAUAAUUUUUUGAUUGGCAAUGGUUCUUCACCAUCUUCUCCACUAGAAAGUGGUAGUUCUUCAAGCCAUAUGUCUGGGGUGGCCCUUCAAGAGGUCCCACCAACUUCAGGUCAGUCAUGUUAUGUGCCUACAACUUCGGGGAUAUCGACGCCGGUUCCUUCAGCUGGUAUAUCUGAAAUACAAUCCUCCCCACGUGCUGCAACUUCUGACAAGGUUCCAACUCAGUUUCCAGAUGUGAGCAUGCUGGUUCGAUCACAAGAAGUACCAUCCAACUCUGUUUCUCCCUCAGAUGUAGUCAUGUCAGAGCUUUCUCCAAUACCUGAAAUUGUACCCGGAAAUAUGGCUGAUAUCCCUACAGAGACUUACAUGGAAUCUCAUACAGAAUCUGGUGCGUUUAUAGACCCCACUUCAUUAGUAAAUGGUUCCCUGUCCAUUGAACUUGAUGACAUUGCUCCCGAUCCGGACAUUGAUGCGUUGCUAGAAAAUUCUUCCUUCUGGGAGGAGCUUCUUGUGCAAAGCCCCGUGCCAGAGGAUAUAGAAUCAACAUCAAUGGGCAACGAAAACAAGGGAAAUGAGACACAGCCAAUUGGAAAUGGGUGGAACAAAGUUCAGCAUAUGGAUAAGCUUACAGAACAAAUGGGUCUUCUUAAAUCGGACACCAACAGGGUGUAGAAUUUGUCUAUAUACCUUGCACAACGAUCUUUUAUGUUAGUAAGAUAAACCCCAACAAAAAUAAAUUAGUACAGUUGUUAAUUACAUAGUCCUCUAGUUUUGGCGAUUGGAAACCAGCUGACAUUCUGCACACAUUCACUUUGGCUCUGUUUUCGCACAUAUGGAGACAUUGCCCAGUAACUUUUUUUUUUUUUUUUUUUUAGUUUUAUAAAUUCCUGUACUUGGCUGCAACUUCAUGGGAGGGACAGGGGCUAAAGAACUCGGCAGGCUGAGCGGUGUCCAAUAGUUGUGGCUCUUAAUUUUCUGUCAUUUGUAAAAGUUGAUAUGUUAGAGAGCCAUUGUUGGUUUAAGAGACGACUGGUAAUGGAUUACUGUGCAAAAAAUUUCAUUUCUCUGA